AUGUACACCAAAGGGCUCUCAUCGCUCGCGCUUCUCCUGAUGCCGGGUACCUGCCAUGGCUUGAUCGAGACGUGCGACGACCUCCUGGCGGCGUUCGAGCAGACCCAGACCGAGGACGUAGUCGUCGAGAUGCACCCGUUCGCCGACAUCGAGUGCGACACCUUCACGAACAUGACCAUGACGUCGAACACCCUGACGCUGUUCUGGGAGACCAACGUGAUCUUCGAGGGGGACGAGGAGGCGGAGCUCAUGGUCGACGGAGGGGCCGUGUACGUCGGCGAGGGCUCCACCGUGCGCUUCCUCAACGACGUCCAGAUGCGGGACGUCGUCAUCAUCAACGAACGCGACGAGGACUCCGACUUCGCCUCCUUCGUCCGCAGCGGCGGCUGCGUGUGGACCGCGGGUUACUUCCGGGUCGACGGGGAGGCGACGUUCACCGGCUGCGACAUCAUCGGGGCCGGGGAGAGCCCCCCCGGGCCGGGAGGAGCCGUGUACGUCGGAGAGACGGGCUCGGUCCUGUUCAACGAGGGGGUGACCAUCACCGAGACGAGUAUCACCGACGACUUCGGCGGCAAGGGGGGCGGCAUCUACAACCUCGGCAAGGUCAACAUCAAGGGGGACUCCCGCUUCGAGGAGAUCUCGGCGAGCGCCGGGGUCGCCAUCUACAACGGCGAAGGCGCGACCUUCAACUUCAGGAACGGCGCCGGGGCCUUCUUCAGGGACUUGAACAACCGUGACUCCGAGGGAAGCGCUCUGGUUAACCUCGGGUUCUUUAAGUUCUCCGGGCCGGCUUUCUUCUUUGAUGCGGAGUUGCCGGUGAUCGUGGCCAUGGACAACAGCGAGACCAUCCUCUCGGAGGACUCGGCAUUCUGGACGUGGGACGAAAGCCCAGGAGACGCGCUGACCGUUAACGAGGGGGCGGACUUUACGCUUCCCGACUCGGUGACCUUCGUUGGCUUUGAUUAA